AUGCAGCGCCGUCGAGAAAAUUUCGCGUCCCCUCUCAAACGUUCCACUACAACCCCGGACCUUCGAACAAGGUCGGGACAGCUCUUAGAUGACGGUCUCGAGGACGACGAUGAAGAUGAGGAUGAGGAAACGCUGAAAUUGAAGUUAGCAGCUAUCGAGGCGCGACUGAAGCUGAAGCAACUGCAGAAAAAUCGUGGGAAGCCAGGCACGCCGGGACCGGACGCGCACGACAGAGACGAUAUACUGUCCAGACCAGGAUCGGCGGUGAGCGCCUCGUCACGGGCUCAGGACAAUUUCUCAAGGAUGAAGAGCGCCAGAGAAGUGUCGAGCAGAUUCGAGCCCAAUGAUGUGCAGGUCCCAUUGUCGCCGACACGGCGUCCGGCAGCCGCAGCUCCGCCCGCCUCCCCGCGAAGGUAUAUACUCGGUAUCGACAAGGGCCUCAAAGGCAGUGAUGUUUCUCUAAAGCGACCUCCAAGCUCCAGGUCUACCGGCCGACCGACAAGCGGAGGUGGUCUUCGAGACGGCAUGGCGUUGCAUUCCCACAAUGCCCUAACGCAGGCUUUAGCAGGGGAGCCAGGAAACCGCCCCAAGAGCUUCAGUGAGCGAAUGGCCGAGAGCAGAUCUGCCGACAAAGUCCGAAGGGAACGGGCAGAGAGGCUGCAAGUCAACAGGAGCUCAGCAUUCCAAUUCGACAAGGCAGAGGUGGACGCAUUCAAGGCGGCAGCCGAGGCAAGGAAGGGGUCUCCUACACGGUCACCGACCAGAAAUCGACAGACUGAAAGCUUCAGCCGAGAUGACAUUCUACGGUCAUGCAAUAAUCUCAAGCCUGCAGGCCUGAAAAGAAGCCAGACUCUUCCCAGUGUACGAAGGAACCUUGAUCAGGAUGAGCCCGGAUCAUAUCUCCAUAGACGAAACCAAAAGUCUGAAUCGGAAGCACAGACCGCUUCAUCUACCAGCUUUGAACAUACCGGCUCUGACGACACUCGCGAAGGGAGUGCACCAGACAAGACUCCUGACUCUUCGAAAUUCGAACCCUUUUCUUCCCUUCAUCUUUCUAACCGUAUCCUACCGCACUCCUUUCUAACCCGCACUCUUGCUGACAAGAAGGUUCUCCGCAUUCCCGAUCUUUUGAGGACCGUGAAGGGGCCCGCCUUCGAGCUACCUGAAACUAUCAACGGCGACUACGUGGUCUUUGGGAUAGUAGCCUCGAAGUCCGAGCCCAGAGAGAUCAAAGACUCGAAAAAGGUGUCUGCAAAAGAAGCCGAUCCCUUUGAUGAAGGACUCAACAACACCAGCAGAUACAUGUGCAUCCAGCUCACGGACCUGAAAUGGACCAUUGAUCUUUUCCUUUUCGACACCGCUUUCCCGCGGUACUACAGGCUAUCCGAGGGCAUUCUCAUCGCCAUCCUGAACCCGACGAUUUUGCCCCCGCCGAAGCACAAGCUCGACACCAACAAGUUCAGUCUCGCCAUUUCGUCGUCCGACGACAAGGUCCUGGAGAUAGGCUAUGCGCAAGACAUCGGCUUCUGCAAGGCCGUCAGGAAAGACGGCAAGACAUGCCAAGCGUGGGUUGACGCCCGCAAGACGGAGUUCUGUGAUUUCCACAUCGACAUCCAAGUUCGCCGCACCCAGUCCCAAAGAAUGGGAGUCAACAAUGGGACAGGCAUGUUCGGUCCGGGUGGGCGCUCUGGGCCACGCACUGGCUUUUUCGGCAAUGGCAAAGCGAAGGGCGAAGGGCCCCGAAAGGGACUGAAACCCAACGGAGCACAAUACGAUUUCCAGUCCCAGUCUCUAUACUACGUUGCGCCGGCCCCCAAGUCCCGAGCCGGCAACGGCGGCUCCUCCUUCGUCAUGCCAGGCGGCCAGUCUGCCGCUCGACUCAUCGACGCCGACGACGAAGACCCAUUCAUCGCCGCAGGCCGGAUGGGCCGCGGAAUGGAAAACAAAGAAGAACGAUUCCGCCGCCGGCUGGUCGAACAGCAGCGGGAGCGCGAUAUCGCCCAGAAGCUCACCUCGCGGGGAAUCGGGAUGGGCGCUGAAUAUCUUCGGGCUCGAAAUCCCGAGAACGUCUCGUCGGAGAAUAUCACACCGGCAAAGACAACCCCUAACCCGGAGACCCCUUCGAGCCACUCAGGCCUGCUCGGCUUCAGGAAAGCAAACACGGUGAAACUGGGCCCGUUGAAGCGCGCUCAUGACGGUUCACACGGCAACAGCGUGAAAAAGACCCGGUUCAUCACCGCCAAGGGCAUCAAGGAAGCCGGAAGAGAUAGCCUGGGGAUGUCCACAGGCUUCGAUGAUGACGAUGACGACGAGCUGGAUAUCAUAUAA